GGGAUCAAGUCGAUUGCAUCGGCGAUGAUGGCGGUGGCGGCGUGCCGCGAUGAUGAGGGCGGUGACGGCCCCGUUUUGUGCAUGGUUAACGGAGUUUGGGUGGACGAACGUUUUACUCUUGUUGAUUCUUAUAAGGAGGAAAUUCUAAAAGGCGUCUACGGUUGUGAUGCCGAAAGUGCUGAUUUUUAUAAUCAGGUUGAAGAAGUGGUAAAGAAAGUCAACUCAUGGGGUGAAGAUGCAUCAAAAGGCCUUAUCAAAAACCUUCUACAACCUAGGUCGUUACGACGUUAUCUCAAGACACAACAAUCAUCCUUGCAAAUGGACUAUACUUCAAAGGAAUUUGGACUCAUAAACGUAGAUUUGACGCGAGUCUCACCGAAGAAAGGAAUUUCUAUCUCCUCACUAGUGACACCAUCUCGAUUCCAUUCAUGACGAGUCGUAGCGAGAAAUAUCACUACGGAUCAUUUGACGGUUUCAAGGUCCUCAAAAUUCCAUAUGAAAGUGCAAAACUCGAUAGAAAAUUUUCUAUGUACUUCUUUCUCCCUCAUGAGAAAUUUGGGUUACAAAAUCUUCUCGAAGAUUUUUGUUCUGAUUCUGGAUCUUCGAAACAAGAUUACUUCAACUUGAGUGAGAAGACUCUAGACCAAGUUUGGAUCCCAAAGUUUGAAUUCUCAUAUGAAUUUGAUGUUUCUUUGACCAUGACGGAAAUGGGAAUGAAGUUUCCUUUCCUUGAAAAUCCAGAAGACCUUUCGGAGAUGAUGAAAAUUCCUGAGGGGAUCCGGCCAUUCUACCCUUCAGUAAUGAUCCAGAAAGUUGUCAUUAAGGUAGAUGAGAAAGGCACCGAAGCUGCGGUAGUUAGUCAUAUGCAGUUAGCUACAAUG